AGCGAUGAGGUGUUAACAGUCAUCAAGGCCAAAGCCCAGUGGCCAGCCUGGCAACCUCUGAAUGUGAGAGCUGCUCCCUCUGCUGAGUUCUCAGUCGAUCGCCACCGGCACCUGAUGUCCUUCUUGACCAUGCUGGGCCCCAGCCCUGACUGGAAUGUGGGACUCUCUGCUGAGGACCUCUGCACCAAGGACUGUGGUUGGGUCCAGAAAGUUGUCCAGGAUUUAAUCCCCUGGGAUGCUGGCACGGACAGUGGUGUUACCUAUGAGUCUCCUAACAAACCUACAGUGCCUCAGGAGAAGAUCAGACCACUUACAAGCUUAGAUCAUCCUCAAAGUCCAUUUUAUGACCCAGAAGGAGGAUCUAUCAAGCUGGUGGCCAGAGUUGUCAUUGAGAGAAUUGCACGCAAGGGGGAGCAAUGCAAUAUCGUUCCUGAUAACAUAGAUGAUAUUGUGGCAGAUCUAGCACCGGAGGAAAAAGAAGAAGAUGAUACCCCUGAGACCUGCAUAUAUUCAAACUGGUCCCCAUGGUCAGCCUGCAGCUCUUCUACCUGUGAGAAGGGCAAGAGGAUGAGGCAGAGAAUGCUUAAAGCUCAGCUGGACCUCAGUGUGCCCUGCCCAGACACCCAAGAUUUUCAGCCAUGCAUGGGUCCAGGCUGCAGUGAUGAAGAUGGUUCCACUUGCAUGAUGUCUGACUGGAUUACAUGGUCCCCCUGUAGUGUUUCCUGUGGAAUGGGAACCAGGUCUAGAGAGAGAUAUGUAAAACAGUUCCCUGAGGAUGGCUCCAUGUGCAAAGUGCCUACUGAAGAGACUGAGAAGUGUAUUGUAAACGAGGAAUGCUCUCCCAGCAGCUGCCUUGUCACUGAGUGGGGUGAGUGGGAUGAAUGCAGUGCCAGCUGUGGCACAGGGAUGAAGAGACGGCACAGGAUGAUCAAGAUGACUCCUGCUGAUGGCUCCAUGUGCAAGGCAGAAACUACAGAAGCAGAGAAGUGCAUGAUGCCAGAAUGUC